AUGCCUCUUCCCAAAUAUACCUAUACGGGCCCAAUCGACCACACCGUGGUGCCCGAUCUAGCCAAUGCCAAAGGCAAAUCCAUCAUUAUUACCGGAGGCGCAAAUGGAAUGGGAGAGAUCAUGGUUCGCGCCUUCGUUGAGGCCGGCGCGUUCGUCACUUUUGGCGACCUCCACCCCCGAGGAGAAGAUCUCGCUAAGGAGCUGAAUGCGAAUGGUGAAACCGCCGCGUUUGUCAAGUGUGACAUUACAGACUGGGACCAAUUGAUUACACUAUUCGAGACGGCGAAGACCAAGAGUCCGCAUAACAGCGUUGAUGUUGUCAUUGCAAAUGCGGGAAUCUCGCGUGCAUCGGGUGACAGUUUGUGGAACCUCGAUGACCCCAAUGGAGCUCCCACCAAGCCCAAUCUCAAUAUCGUCCGUGUCAACAUGGACGGGACAUUCUAUACUUGGAAACUUGCAGUUCAUUAUUUCAGAAAACAGGCAGAUACCCCGGACCGAGACCGAUGCUUCAUCAUGACCGGAAGCAUGGUCGCAUACAUUGAUUCACCGGGAAACUGGGAAUACACAGCCACCAAGUACGGCCUACGCGGCUUCAUGAAGACCGUGCGUCGAAGCAGCUGGGAACAAGGAAUCCGAAUCAACUAUGUCGCGCCAUGCUGGAUCAAGAGUGCUAUCCGGACCAAGGAGUACGAAGCUUGGCUAAUUGAGCGCGGUGUUGAGUUUGGCGAACAGGCCGAUUGCGCCGGUGCAAUGAUGCGCAUCGCCUGUGAUAAGUCCAUCAAUGGACGCUCACUCAUGAUUACGCCGAGGAGCAUAGCCAAGGAAGGAUUCAUGGACGUAGACAAGGAAGACUAUUCCGACCCCAAGGACGCGUACUUCGCGAAGAAGCAAGCAUCCCAAUUAGUCAUCAUCGAAGAUAAAUGGCUGGAUGAUUAUAAAAGACAGGGUCAAGGACGACCAGUUGCAUAUACAUAUAAAGCGGGCGUAAUCGAGAUAUCAGCACCCAACAAGUUAUACAAGAUAUAUCUGCACAUCAUGACACUUCCUGCAAGCAUUGACAUCCCGUCGUCCAUGUACGCAUGGAGGAAGCACAAGGGGAACCCCGAGCCUUCUGCCAUAGCGACCAUUCACUUCUCACAAGUGAAAAGCAGCGUCCAUGGUUCCAAGAAAAAUACACACUGGUAUGCUGAUUAUGUCUGGCUCCUCCUGACCUGGAAAUCCGAUAGGCUGACCAGGUGUCCUCGUUUCAAGGGCCAUGAAGGAUGCGGUGAGAUUGUGCAGAUAGGGGAGGAAGUGAAAGACGCGGGUUUCAGCGUGGGAGAUCGAAUUGCGACUAUAGCUGUCCCUGGCUGUGGCUCAGAGGACUGCCCAGAGUGCUCACGGGAUCUCGCUCAGCUGUGCGAGCAAGCCCAUCACGCCGGUAUUGGCCAAGAUGGUUUCUAUGCACCAUAUGCCGCACUAGACCUUCGUGCAGUAGUCCAUGUCCCGGAAGGAAUUCCGUCCUCCGUAGCUGCGGUGGCAACAGAUGCUGUCAAAACGAGUUAUCACGCCAUCGUGAGACGUGCAGAGGUCAAGUCUAACGAGACAGUCUUUCUGUUUGGCCUUGGAGGCCUCGGGUUUAAUGCGUUGCAAAUCGUUCUGCAUAUUGGGGCUCGAGUCAUCGUUUCUGAUAUCCGACAAGAACGGUUGGAGGAGGCUGCAAGGUUUGGUGUUCCUCGAGAAGAUCUAGUGCCAGCUGGAAAGUCAGUACAGGAUUUCGUGCGUGAGAAUGGAUUGCAGGGCAAGAUUGAUACCACGUUGGAUUUUGUGGGCACACACCAGACUUUCCAAGAUGCACAGAAUAUUGUUCGCAGAGGAGGAAAGCUUUUGUGUGUGGGUACUCUGGAUGAGGAGAACACAAUCGACAUGAAGAUUGGCAUUCAGAAGAGACUGAGCAUUAUCUUCACAUAUGGCGGGCAGUGGAGAGAUCUGAAGGAAGUGCUUGAUUUGAUUUCGAAGGGGAUAAUUCAGCCACAGGUUGAGACUGCUGCCUUGAAGGAAUUUCCCCAGGUUUUGAAGGGUGUUUGUGACGGAAAGGUCAAAGCCCGGGUUGCCUUGUUGCAUGAGUAG